AUGAGUUCCUCAGUUAUUAAUGAUAGUACUAGCAGUAUUAAUAAAUUAUUAUAUGAUCAUUCUUUAGAAACUUAUACAAUCCAUUCUACUGAUGAUGUGAUGAUAAAUAAUCAGCGAGUUAGUAAGCCAGAUACUUGGAUAAACAAUGAAUGGGAGAAAUCAUCAGUGUUAUCAAAUACCUUUGGUGAUCUUAAUAAACAUCAUAAAUUAUAUUCAGAAAAGAAAGAUGUUGGUGAUAGUUUACUGCGAAGAGAAAAUGAAUUUACUAUGAUAAGUAAAUUAGUUAACCAUGAAAAUGACGAAGACGUAGACGAUGAAGAAGAAGAAGAAGAUGAUGAUGAUGAUGAGGAGGAGGAGGAGGAGGAGGAAGAUGGUGGGGAAGAAGAUAGAGAUGUGGAGAAAGAUCAACAACGGCCAUUUAUUAUAAAUAAUUCUAAAGUAUCCAGCUUUGCAAUGAACACUAAUAACUCACGAAUUCCAACUCCCUUAAGUAAUAAUGAUCCUAAUAAUAAAAUUCAUAUUCCUGAUCACUUGUUUAUCGGAUCUACAGAUAACAAACGUCAUUAUGGGUUGUUUAGUAAAGAAACUAAUAACAUUAACUCUAGUUCAUUAUCAAUGUCAUUAUCAUCACCAUCAUCAUUAAUUCCACCUAUGAUGAAUUGUUGUAAACAAGAAGAAAAAAGUGUCGUGUGUGAAUCAGAAGAGAAAAAUGAAGAGGAGAUACAAAAUUCAAUAAACACAACAAAUAUACCAUCAUCCCUUUUUCAGUCUACUGUUGAUUCAUCAUGGAAUAAAUCAAUGACAAAUUUUGGAUCUUGGUUAGGUGAACAAAUAUCUCCUUCACUUUAUCAACAAUAUCAUAAUGACAUUAGUAUGAUUACUUAUAAUAAAAAUCAUCAAAAUAGUCAUGAACAACAAAAUUCCCAUCUUUCAUAUUAUCACCAUAAUCAUAAAGAAUCUAUUGAACAAUUAUUCACAAAUUUUAAAUGUACACCAGAGUCACAAUUACACAAUGAUCAUGAUUCAAUAAGAAUUUCAUCUGAAAUACCAUUAAAUUCAUUCCGUCAAUUGACUAAUGAUUUGUUACCUAACUCAAUUGAAUUAGAAAGUAAACAACAUCCAUUUAUUUCUAGUAUACAUUAUCAAAAUAAUCAUUCUAAUAUUAGUGAUGAUAAUCUUAUGAAUAUUUACUGUAUGAACAAUUUAUAUUCUUCAACAUAUACAGAUUUUAUGUCAACACACAAUAAUAAUAAUAAUAAUAAUAAUAAUAAUGGUAGUCAUAAUAAUAAAGAUCAAACCAACUAUCCAGAUACAUUUCAAAUCUUCAAUUCAUUCGAUUCUUCAUUAACUAAUAGAAAUGUUAAGAAUUUCGAUUUGAUAAAUGAUGUUUUUACUAAGAAUUUAAUUGACACAACAACAACAACAAAUAAUGAUAAUAAAAUGGAUCUAUUAUUUACAACAAAUUCCAUAUCACAUUGUUCAUUAUCAACUACAAUAACAAUGGCUAUAGGAAAUACAAUACCAUCAAUAAUGUCAACAACUAAAACAACAAAUUCUAUUAAACAAGAUAUUCCUGAUUUGACAGCUGCAGCAGCGGCUGCUGUCGCUUAUCAUGGUUUAGAUCCAGCUACAACUGUUCAAAUGUUAAGAAUGUCUUCAUUAGCUAAUAAAUUAAGAAAUAAAACAAAAAUUUUAACAGAUGGUCGAGAAUGUGUUAACUGUGGAGCUACUCAAACACCAUUAUGGCGUAGAGAUGAAGCUGGACAUUAUUUAUGCAAUGCAUGUGGAUUAUAUCAUAAAAUGAAUGGAACGAAUCGACCGCUGAUAAAACCAAAACGUCGUAUGUCCGCAAACCGUAAACUUGGUACAUUCUGUGCUAAUUGUCGAACAUCACAUACAACAUUAUGGAGACGUAAUCAACAAGGCGAUUCAGUAUGCAACGCAUGUGGACUUUACUACAAAUUACAUCAUAUAAAUCGACCAUUAUCUAUGAAAAAAGAAGUGAUUCAAACAAGAAAUCGAAAAUUAACUCAAGCUAAAAAACGGAAAGAUUUAGAACAUUUCACUAAAUUAUUCACAUCCAAUAAUACAAAAUAUAUUACAAAAGAAUUACAAGCAAAUAGUACAAAUUCAAAAAUGACACAAUGGUUUAAAAUCAAUCAAAUGGAAUCAACAAUACCGAAACGAACACUUUCUAAUGUAUUUCAUAAAGAGAAUUUACUACUGAAUGGUAAUAGUAAUAAUAACAAUAAUAAACCAUCUAAUAGACAUUUGAACUAUCCAAUUACAAAUUUUUAUUCAUGUUCAAAAUUCUAUCAAAAAAAUAAAUUAGAUAAAAAUUAUUAUACUUAUUUAACUGAUUCUACAAAUGAACACAUUGAAAAUAAUCAUCAACAAUUGAAUGCUGCAGCAGUAGCAGCCGCUGCAAUUGCAGCCAGUUAUAUUAAUGUUUCAACUCAUUCAACAAGUUCAAAUUCAAUAUUAUCAAAGAAUUCAACAGAAUCUACAUCAUCACCAUCUUUAACAACAACUGUUUCAUCACCAUCAUCAUUAUCACUAAACAGUUCUUAUGUAUUUAAUACGAAAACAACAGACAAAAUAAUAAGAGAACAAAUAAAAAUCCCUAUAAAUUCAGCAGUUUUACAAUCAUCUAAAUCUAAUGAAAAUGAAAUGAUCAGUCAUAAUUCACAAUCUAAUUUUAAUCUUAAUAUAAAUUCGUUUGAAAAUAACACUUCAUUAAUUUCAACUCCAUGGAAUUCUUUUAUAUCUAAAAACAUCUAAACUAGAUCUUUUAUUCUUUUCAGAGAAAAAAAGAUAAACAUUUUAAAAUAUGAAAAUGUAAUUUAAUCGUUGAACUCAUGAGUCGAUUGAAGCUAGACCACUACUGAAAACCUGAAAGCACUGAAAAG